UCAUACGCUAUGUACGGGACCCUAAGCGUCAAACAGUGUGAGUCAUUUCACAGGAUAGCGCAAUGUGGUCGACUGCUCAGCGACAACGUCUAGCUGUAGAGAAACAGAUUUUGGAGAAGGAUUUUCGUGGUGCUAGAUGGCAUGACGCUACGAGCAGAGGAGGAACCAAAGUGGAUGUGGACUUUACAACAAACGUUGGAAAUCGCUACACUUUACGUCUCUACGUACCGGGCGACUGGCCAAAUUCUUGUCCUCAGUUGGCAAUUGUUUCUCCAAAGACCAUCAGACAGCGAAAUGGUGAUGCUCUUCCUACCUCUUCGAACAAUUUCCACACGUUGGGAUCAGUUGAUGGAUAUCAGUGCAUCUGCCACUAUCUACCUUCUAGCUGGUCUGCUAGCAACACGAUGUACCUAGUCUUUCUAAAGGGAAGGCUUUGGUUGGAAGCUUACGAGAAUCAUCGAAGGACGGGCAAAGACAUUGAUCAAUUCUUGAAACACGUGUGAACGGAAACGGUUUAGUUGCACUAGACUGGGCGCUAUUCUAUAAAAGUAUACUAAAAAUUUUAGUCUGAAGUAAAACUGCAAGUGCUAUGUGAACUGUCUGUAGUCUCAGAUCUUUGCUACUUUCUAGUA